GGUGGUGGUGUUGGUGGUGGUGGUGUUGGUGGUGGUGGUGCUGGUGGUGGUGCUGGUGGUGGUGCUACAGGCGGCCGCUGCUCCUCGUGCAAGAGAGAGGGAGGAGGAGAGAGAGACGCUCCAUCCCUCCCUCGCUAAGGUCGGGGACGAUUGUUGCGGCUCUCUCCCGCAUUGCUGCGCGCUUCGACCAGAGAGCCCCGCGCUGGUCGUGGCAUUGAGGAUUUGGCUGCGAUCCCAGCCGUUACAGCAGCAGCAGCUUGGACAGUGCAGGGUUGUUCCCUUCACUCGGAGACUACAUCACAUUCCUCCCUUCCUCUGGAAACUUGAGCGCUGAAUCCUGUGGUGGUGCACGGCUUGCUUCUACCCGGGAUGGUGUAGACGGAACGGAGACUCGGGAGGAGCCAUGAGCGUGACGUGGUGGUUCCUGGUUGGCGCAGGCGGCACGAGGCACCGGCUGCCACGUGAGCUCAUCUUCGCUGGACGGGAGGACUGCGAGCUCGUGCUGCACUCGCGCAGCGUGGACAAACAGCACGCUGUCAUCAACUACGAUCUGGUGCACGACCAGCACGUGCUCAAGGACCUGGGAAGCCUCAACGGCACGUUUGUUAACGAAGUUCUGGUUCCCGAUCAAACGUACGUCUCGCUCAAGCAAAGCGACGUUAUCCGCUUCGGAUAUGAUCCCAAUGUGUACACAGUGGAGAAAGGGGAGCACAAGGUGCCCGAAGAAGCCUUGAGGCACGAGGGGUACAGCAGCACGAUGCAGAGGCUGCAGGAGGAGCGUGGGGCCACCGCGUUGGAAGCGGCCACCUCGGAUCAGGCCGCGCAGGAUGACGGGCAAGCGGCGGCGGGCUCCUCGCAGGCCCCCGAUCACGAGACGGCUGUCGACGACAGCAGCAGCAGCAAGGGCACUCACGAGGCCCCUGCUCCUGCGUCCCGCGGGACCCCUCUGUACGGGAGGCCGUCGUGGUGGGGUGAGAGCGACGGGGAGUGGAAGGGCCUCGGGGCCACGGACUCCUCCCUGCAUCGAGACAAGCUGAGCGGGACCGAUGGUGCAGCAGUGCAACACUACCCCUCUCCUCCGGACGGAGCGAGUGAAGAGGAGGCACAGAAGAGCGGCGUGGGCUCGUUGUACAUGGAGGGAGCCAACGGCUACGCUGGGCUGCGCCGGGAGCCCAGCUACUUUGAAAUUCCCACCAAGGAGCUGCAGAGAGAGGGCUCGGAGCCACCCACCAGGGACACCGACUGCGCCGCCAACGCGACUGACCACGUCUCCCCCUUCGUGAGCGGGCCGGGCCACGCCUCGUUCACCAUCGAGUUCGACGAGAACUCGCCGGGCAAGGUGACCAUACGAGACCACGUCCCGGUGGCGCCGGCCGGCAGCGGCGGAGGUGGCGGCAGCGGCGCCGCGGGCAGCGUGUGCUCGGGCAGCCCCGGCCCCGGCCAGCCGGGGGGUCGACCGCGCCUCUCCGGCAGGGACUCGCCGAGGAUCGCGGCGGACGGCGUGGUGGGGGCGGCCGCUGCCGCCGACAGCAAGGUGGCCGAUUGGUUGGCGCAGAGCGGCGUGCCGGCGGCGUGCGCCAGACGCUCCGCUCGCAAGGCCGGGGACCCUGUCGUCAGUGCCAAGGGCGAGGCGACUGCCAACGGCAAGGCCUUCAAAGGCAGCAAACACGAGGACGGCACGCAGAGCGAUCGCGAAGAUGAGAGCGUCCGCGUCUCGGGAGGAGGGAAGGGCGGCUCUUUGCGCGACGCCCUCGCCAAGCACCGUCUGGAACAGCAGCAGGCGCGUCUCCGCUCGCGCGACGACGAUUGCGGCGGCGGGGAGGGCGCCUCCUCCCCCAGCCCGGCCCAGCAGGGGACGCCGCCCGCACAGCGCCAAGGCGUGCCCGGCCAUGGCGCCGCCUUCACCAUCGAGUUCUUCUUCAACGAGGACGAUGGGAACCCGCGCAAGCGGCGCUCCAACUCGUUUUCGCCGGGCUCGGCCCCGGAGGCGGCCGACGGCGGCCCGCUGACGGCGCUGCGCGGCAAAGUGGGGCGCGCCGAGCGGUCCGCCGCCUCCUCGCGGGAGACGGAGCCGCGCGGGAAGCCGCCGGCGACGUCCAACGGGGAGAGGCGCUCUCGGGAGGGCUCGCCGCACACCGGGGAGACGAGGCUCCUCUCGGAAAAGACGUUCGUGUCGGUCUCCGUGGGGCCCAGGCCCGAGCUGCCACGCACGUCGCCGGACGGGGACGCGCAGAAGAACGGCGACAGCGGCUCGGGGGGGGGCAGCCGAGGCGACGACCACCGCGGCUCGCUCGCGGAGAUGGGAGAAACCUCGAAGGUAUAUGGAGUGUCAGUCAACGUCAGCUCAUCCCUUCCUCACACGGACAAAGAUGGGAAAACAAAGGCAGAUGGCGUAACAGCAGCGUCGGCUGCUUUGGGAUGGAAGGAUGGAAAACCUGAACUGGAGUGGCAGAGUGGAUUGGGUGGAACCAUAGCGGUCUACCCAGUAACACAAAUAACUGGUGCAGAUCCUUUAGCGCAGCAGGCAAGGCCCGUCGGUCCUGUGGCCCCCAGCGCAUCCCAGUACCGCUCGCAGUGGGCCAGCUUGGCCACAACCCCCAAUGGGAGCUGGCCCAGCUUCCCUCCAGGCCAGGACAACAGGCCUACCGAGCCAACGCCCACAGUCCCUGACAAGGAUGCCGACGGCGGUGAAUCGUGCGUCUCGGUACGCAGCUCCGCUUCAGACGGCACCAGCAGCCAGUCGGACAGGAGGCGACGGGCGUUGCCGCAAAUCCCGCUCGAGAGAACGCACUCGGACGGGAUCCCCACCACUGCCGUGGGGCCAUUCCUGGCAAGACCCAGUUCGGGGACGGGGGCAGUCGAGGAAAAGGACGGGGCCAGAGUCGUGGCUGCAGACGGUUUGGCGAGCCAGGACGGUCAAACGGUGGCCGAACGACCCGCUUGUGGUGGAAACAUCUGGGAGAUUGAUGUCACGUGCACGAGCGUGAAGGAGUCCUGCAUCAUUGGGUUGCGCACCUUGUCCACGAAGACAACGGGGACGGAAAGAAGCGAUGCUGGCGAUGUUAAAGGAGGCCCUCGGCAGCCGUCGCAAUCGGACUCUGGCUUCAGUACGCCAAAAACGUCGUCCGCCAAAGCUAGCGAUGAGCAAAGGGACAGCGUGGGUAGCAGGCAACAGUCAACUAAAUCGGACACGAGGCCAGAAAGCGAAGGCGGCCCGUCGACAAGGCCCUUUGGAGACAAACCCUUGAAAGCCAUCGGGCUCCUCAAUUCAUCCUUGCAGGACGAGGUCCUUGGGCGACCACGCAGUGCCUCGGAGAGCCGCCCCACCCGGCCGAGCGACGUGCAGAAGAAGGGCGGUGGCAAGGCGCUCGUACGCCAGGGCAGCUUCACGAAGGAGCGGCCAAGCUCGUUGGUGCCAAUCGAGAUGCUGCCGCACAUCAGCACCGUCGCGCCUGCCGAGAGCCAGUGUAAAGGUACCGAGGCACGGUCAUCUGCGCCUUCGUCGGAGGCACCAAAGGCACGGAGCGGCUCGAGGGAUGAGUCUGAAGCAAAGGGAGGUGCUGCUGUCGGCAAAGAUUUUAGCGCGGGGCACAGGGAGCGGAGCAACGGCGGUGAGACACGGAAGAGAAACGAUUCCGGCAACACGGCGUCCAGCACGGACACUUCUCUGCUGCUGAAGGAAACCGAAGCAGCCGUGGCAGCGCUGGAGGCCAAGCUGUCGGUGUCGGGUGGUUGGGAGGGCCUACGGAGCCCAAUCCGUUCCCCAUCUCCCGAGUCCGAUGUGGACACCUCGAGUACCGUGAGCCUGGUGAACGGGGAGGGCCAGCGGAAGUCUGUGACGCAACGCAAGGCCUCCGCCAACGCCCGCGAGAAACUGUCAGAGCUCCGCAAGGCGCGCUCCGUGGAUCCCGGAGCGAAGGCGGACGUCGCGUUGGGCUCUCGUCGCACCAGGCCCGGUGUGGACAGGGUCGGAACGGUCGCCCGCCCGCCUUCGGCGGACUGGACGACGGACGACGAUCGGCCGUCUUCCUCCACGGCGCGCGCCGCGUCCUCGGAUCGCGCGUCCGCCUCGCGUCCUCCGCCGGGGCUCACCUCCACGGACGAGCUCAUGAGGACGAAGCUGGAGGGCAGAAGCGCGUCCGCGGCGGCGAUGAUGUCCAGGGGCGGCGGCGCCGUGGGGGUGCCGCCCCGGGGCGGCUUCAUGCCAACGCCGCCAUCCUCCAAACCGAGGCCGACGCGAACGUCCCUGAUGCGGCGCGCCCGUCUCGGCGACGCGUCGGACAACGAGUCGGGCGACGUGGACCGCGCCUCGGUCAUCUCGGACGUGUCCACCACGAGCUCGACGGGGGCGAGGCCGUCGCCCCAGCCGGGGCCUCGCAGGAGCCUGUCCCGCAUCGACCUCCUGGCCCAGCCCCGGCGGCCGCGCGUCUCAUCCUCGCGCAGCGACACGGAGGCCACCGUGAUGUCUCCGGCUUCGGGCCGCUCGAGCCUAGGAAGCCGCAUAGCCGAGGCGGGCAGGGGCAACCUCGCGGCACGCCUCUCCGGAGCGGCCCACGGGACGCCCGGCUCCAUGGCCAGGAGCCGCACGUGCAGCGAGUCGCGCGACCGCGAGCCCCGCAGCCGCUCCUCGAGCUCCACGCACAGCUCACCGUCCGGCACGCGCUGGCGCCAACGCUUGACCGACUACACCUCCACCUCGGAGGACGAGUUCGGCGCCAGCCGUGGUGGCGGAGGGGCCGCCCCCCGCUACUCAAUCCGGAUGCGUGCACCGGGAGCUCCCGCGGACACCAGGGGGGGCGCGACGCGGGGUGGGCCCGCGACGGCCACGCUGGCGGCGCCUCACCACCACCACCAUCACCGGCCACCGUCCGGAUCAUCGUCCUCCACGUCGACGGUGACGUCUUCCCGGCCCCACUCUGGCGGCGUGGGAGCGGCGUUGCCGCCCCGCGGCGCGGGGUCCGCGGCAACAGGCGGCGGUGCCGUGGCGCCGGGCGGCAGGAGGGGCGGCGGCGCGAGUGGCGGCGGGGCGGCUCACACGGGCGCCGGCAAGCCGCAGGCCAAGGGCGGAGAUGAGGAUUACCUGAGGCACUGGACGGUGCACAGCGAGGAGAUUGCAAGGAUCAGCAAAGACCUCGCCAAAGACCUGGCCAUCCUGGCACGCGAGAUCCACAGCGUGACGGGAGACCCGGACGGAGUCAGCUCAUCGGGCACGGCACCCAGCACCACGGGCAGCACGGGACCACCCACCCCCGGGUCUUCGAUCGACGCGCGCGAGGAGCUUGUGCCUCGCAUCUUUGAUGAGAGCCUGAACUUUAAGAAAGUGCCGCUGCCGGAGAGGCCUUGCGGGGAUAGCAAUGAUGCCACCGGGGGUCAAAAGUUAUCAGAGGUCAAAGAUCACUUUACUCCCAUCACGAGGAAGAGAACCUGGAGUAGAGAUGAGGUGGUGCUUGAUACCCUGAUGCUCACCUCCAUCGCCCAGCUCUCUCAGCGUAUACGCUCCGCUACCGACAAAACCACCUCCAAGAUCCGUUACCUGUUUAAAGACCAGGACCUUCCCUGGGAAGCGAUCGAGUCCAAGCUCAGCUUCGAUGGCGAAGUGCCCCUCCUAAGGACCACCAGCAGGGAGCUGACAUCCAUUCUACAGGACCUGAGAAAAGUUGAGAAGCAGCUGCAAGUGAUCAACUUCAUCAUUGACCCCGACCGCGUGUUGGAAUCCGCGGGGACCUUGAACACGCCAGUGACCGCCACCACCCCGGCCAGGGCCGCGUGCGGCUACACGACGCAGUCCCCCGGCGUGACGGCCCCGCAGCUCGUCCACGCGACGUCGGCCGGCGGGCAGCCGACCCCCGCCGGCUCCCUGACCCCGAUGCCGGCGUCCAGCGGCCAUCCCGCCCCGUUCCCGGGCCACGGCGUCCCGUCGUUCGCCGCGGCGUACGCGCCGCCGUCGAGCGUCGGCCAGGAGACGAGCUCGUCGCAGGGCCGCGGCGUCGGACGGGACAACGGCGGCCCCCCCCCGCCGCCGCGGCUGUCCCUGCUCGCCGUCUCGGUGGACGCGGAGAGCCUCGACGGUUCGGGGACGGACGCCGGCUCGCGCUCCGCUCGCUCAAACGGCGCCGGCGGGGGGGGAGAUGGCCAAGGCUCGCAGGGGUGAAGUGCGUCGCCGCUGAAUUUGCGCUCGCUCGCGGUUCUCCUUCGCCAAGCCGACUGUGUGGACGGAGUGGAUUCUAAUUGGCUCUGUUCUUUUUGUUCGUAACCUGGGUUAGGUUGUCUAAAAGGAAAGAAAUGUUUUGGAAAUCGACGCGGUUUACGUGGCCUGUGUGUGUGUUUCUUGUGUACAGGCUUAAGCGGUUGCAAAAUGAAAAAUGAUAGCCGAUGAAGAGAGGAAACAUUUUCAGGCCUUAUUAAGAGCAUGCUUGGACGGAUAUCUUAUGUAAUCACUGUGCGAUUGCGUUAGAUGCCAGGUGAAACAUGCGUUUUGUGCAAAAACCCAUCGAGGUGCAUCAACUUUUAGUGGAACGUCUUUCUGGCAGCAUUAUCUUCCACUAGCCACCACACAUUUGUCAAAACAUGCAUCCAAUUCAGGUUAUAUAUUGCAUCUUUGUUCCAAUGCUGUAAUAAUGACCACCUAUUUAUAUUUCUUUGUUAAUUAUGAGCACCAACAUUCAAAUUAAUGAGUUUAAAGUUCAGUAUUGUAUCUUUUUCAUUUCCUCAUUGUCUUGUCAAGUUACAUUUUCUGUGUUAUAUAUUUUUUUUACUUUUACAUGGUUCCUAGAUUUUUUAAAUAUUAAAUUACAACAACGUGCACUCAGCCGUACUAAGUACUGUCAAUCCUACUUCGUCCAUGAGUUGUCAUCUUAUUAAGUAGCUCGCCAAUUAAUAGCACGGCAAUAGUUGCAAUGUAUAUCCAUAGUGAAGUUGAGUUUUCUUUUUGCACUUAACACGCGUUUAACUUUAGAGAGAACAGCCCGCUCGUAAGGAAUGCAGAAUAUUUACCGCUGACUCAGGGCCGGCCACCAUGGUAGGCAAGUAGCGCCAGACACCGGCUUGUGCUUUACCGUAUUGUCUGGAUUAUGCGACGCCGCUUGGGAAAGUAAGCCGUGGCCCAAACUAGUUCUCGCUAUAUCAAUAACGUUCUACAUAAAGCACACCAAUUGGAAUGUAAGACGCACCCCUAUCUUUCGCCUUAAUUUCUGGGGG